AUGGUUCAGGAGUACCACUGGGAUGUGCAGUUCAAGGGCAUGUUGCUGGGAUCUUUUUUUUGGGGCUACCUGGCUGGGAACCUGUUUGCCGGGGCCGUGUCCGCACAAUAUGGUGCCGGAAUGGUCCUGGCCUUCGCUGCCAUCUCCUGGAGCGCGCUGGCAAUCGCCAUUCCGCUGGCCUCGGACCUCGGAUUCUGGUACGUCUGGCUUCUCCUGACUCUGCUCGGACUAGCCGAAUCGCCGGUGAUGCCAACCACCAUGCAGCUGAUCUCUGCUUACGUCCCGGCAUCCGAACGUGGAUGUUCACUUGCAGCACGUGCAAUGGCUUUCCGAUUUGGGCAAAUUGUGGCAUCGGUAAUGGCGCCGCUAAUUUGCUCGCAGGCCGGCUGGCGAGCAAGCUUCUGCAUCUUUGGCACCGUGAGCUUCAUGUUCGCCAUGCUUUGGCUGGGCUUUGCAAUAACGAAGAGAGAAGGCAGGAUUGUAGAAAUACGGAAGAUCUCGGAGGACUCCUCCGCAGAUGGACAGCCGCCCGUCCAAGGCGGCAAGAUAGUCCUUGGCUUAGUGCCACUGCAUGCGCUGAGAAAUAGAGGGUUUCUUGCGCUACUUCUGGUACACUGCAGCAACAACUUCGCCAUGUACACCAUUAUGUCAUGGGGACCUUCCUACUUCACAGAGGUACUGCAGCUUCCACUUGAAAGUGUUGGGCUCUACCUCAUGCUGCCUGCGGCAUUCUCAGGUGCUGGCUCCGUGGUUGGCGGGCUCCUCACUGAUUGGCUUCAGAGCCGUCGUUGGCCGCUUCUGGCCUUGCGUCAAUGGAUCUUAUGUCCCGCAGCCAUCGGGGCUGGUAUUUCGCUGGUAAUCUUCGGAACCAUGCAGGAUGCUUUGACAGCCAGCCUGGCCAUUGCAGUUGCGGCCCUGUCCAUAGGCGUCUUGGACACAGCGCAGAAUGCCGUCUACCUGGAUCUGGCACCAAGCGAUGCGGCGGCCCUCGUCAGUCUCGGCAACGCUAUUGCCACGCUGCCGGGUGCAGCGGGGCCUGCUCUCGUUGCCACGCUGCUUCAAGCGACGGGCCUUUGGCCACUGGUCUGGGGCAUCAUUGCCGCCUGCCUACUCGUCUCUUCGGUCGUUUUCGCUGCAUUUGGAUCGGUCGAGGACCUCGAGAAGCGAUUGUCCCCAAAGUACAUGCAAGUGUGA